CUUUAGAUUUACGAGAAGGGGUGGAUUGAGUUGGCUAUAAAAGUUUUGCAACGGGACGCUCUGCCUGUAGAGUUGGAGGGGGGACGUUGCCUGGUGUGAAACAGCGGAGUGCGAGCGAACAUGGCACAAGUUAUGAGACUAGCAUCCACAGAUUUUCACUGCGAUGUUAACAACAAUGCCCACAGGACAGCAGAUUUCGGCUACUCCAGGCUGAUUGUGAGACGCGGGGAUCGCUUCACCGUCACCCUCACAUUCUCCGGGCGGGGGUAUGAGUCCAAGCGGGAUCAGGUCUGCCUGAGUGUGGAAACAGGUUGGAUACCUUCAGAAACAGCUGGAACGAAAGCCCAGAUGUCACUGUCAAAUACACUGGUUGCAAAUAAAUGGAAUGCUGCUCUUGUAAGCAAUGUUGGGAACAAGCUAUCCCUGUCCAUAUGUUCACCUGCCAAUGCCAAGAUUGGGCUUUACACUCUAACAUUGCAGUGCACAACACAAGGCCAAUCUGCAUGGUUUGACCUUGGACAAAUCAUCUUGCUCUUCAAUCCAUGGUGCCCAGAUGAUGCUGUCUUCCUAGACGAUGAAAAUCAACGCAAGGAAUAUGUACUGAAUGAUCAGGGUUUGCUCUUUCAAGGUUCAAAGAACCACAUUGUAACCAUGGCUUGGAAUUUUGGUCAGUUUGAACAUGGUAUUGUGGAUAUUUGCUUGAAAUUACUGGAUAACAGCUUGAACUUCAAGAAAAAUCAGGAGGAGGACUACUCCUGCAGAAAUGAUCCCGUUUAUAUCAGCAGGAUUGUGACAGCCAUGGUGAAUUGCAAUGAUGAUAAAGGGAUACUGCUGGGUAACUGGACCACUAAUUAUUCAGGUGGAAAAUCCCCAUUAUCGUGGAAUGGAAGCGUUACUAUCCUUCGUCAAUGGAACAGAUUUGAUUGUCAACGUGUUUGCUAUGGACAGUGUUGGGUCUUUGCAGCCGUGGCAUGCACAGUUUUGAGGUGUUUGGGAAUUCCUACCCGGCACAUUACAAAUUUCAACUCUGCUCAUGACACAGACGAGAAUCUGAGAGUUGACAGCUUCAUUGAUGAGAAUGGAAAACGGUUGGAAAAGAGUAAAGAUAGUAUCUGGAAUUUCCACUGUUGGGUAGAGUCUUGGAUGGCACGUCCUGAUCUGAAACCAGGCUACGAUGGUUGGCAGGUACUUGACCCAACACCACAGGAGAAAAGUGAAGGAAUCUAUUGCUGUGGACCAGCUCCAGUUAAAGCCAUUAAAGAGGGAGCUAUCAACCAGAAAUUUGACAUCCCAUUUGUCUUUGCUGAAGUCAAUGCAGAUGUAGUGUCAUGGCUUGUCCAUAAUGAUGGAUCUAAAAAACAGAUCCAUGUUAAUCAUCAAUUAGUCGGUCAGAAAAUCAGUACAAAGGCUGUUGGCAGUGAUGAACGUGAAGAUAUUACAAACAAUUACAAAUAUGAGGAGGGUUCUGAGGAAGGAAAUAAAGCUUUCAUGAAAGCAGACAUGAAGAACAAACUGUCUAAAGAGCCAGAGCAGAAAUUCUUCAUAAAACUGAGAGCUCAGAAAGUCAAUAUGAACGGGGCUGACCUUGAGGUCUGUGCCAUUGUCACGAAUAAUACCUCAGAGGUGAAGAAAUGCAAGCUGUACCUGUGUGCCCAAACAAUCAUGUACAAUGGACAACCAGUCUCGGAGUGUGCCUGGAAAGAUCCAGAUGACAUCGAAAUUGGACCACAGGAAGCAAAGACAGAGACUCUACAGGUGCCUUACUCAAACUACAGAAGGACCUUGACAGAACACAAUCAGAUUCUCAUUGUGGCUCUUGCAGUUGAGUAUGCAGCUAAUGAGGUGCUGAUUUCUAAAAAAGUGAUUACUCUCCAGAAUGCAGAACUACACAUUAAGGUCCUGGGAGAGCCAGUACAGUUUCAUGAGCUAAUUGCAGAAAUUACCUUUUCCAAUCCGAUGCCAGUGGAUUUGUGCAAUGGUACAUUCAUGGUGGAGGGAGCUGGCCUCACUGAGGAGCAGAGCAUUCCAUGUCCGGUGUCGGUGAUCAAACCAGGCCAAGAAGUGAAGGCGAGGGUUAAAUUUUCCCCUCAAAAACACGGCCUGAGGAAAUUGACUGUGGAUUUCAACACCGAUGAAUUGAAAGCUGUGAAAGGUUUUAAAAAUAUUAUCAUCAGACCAAUGGACAAAUAGGACCUGUCAAUCAUCUUCAAAAAAUAUUGUUCAUGAAGACAGUGCUUUUAAGAAGGGAAGAGAAUUCAACACAGAUUUAGCAAAAGAUAUUUAUGUUCUGCGUUCCUCUAUCAUUAAAGUCUUUCAGUGAUAAUAAUCAUUAAAAUAAUAUGCUAAACCACUGUUAUGCAUCCAUAUUCAGUUUUGCUUCAUAUCAUCAAAGGACGCAAAUAUUCCUUAUAAUUGGUGUAUUGUUCUUCUGUUUUUAUUCGUUACUGUUAUGUUUACUUAAGUUCCACCUGAUGUGAAAUUAUGCAAUUGUUUGACAUCAAUGAUUUCUAUAAUCCAGUAUCAUACAAGAGUCAUUGCCUGUGAACAAUGUAAUACAGGCAUCGGAUGGUAUUUGAUUAGUGGCUCCACUUGUGUUGUGGCUCACCUUACAAUAGAAACCUGCAGUCAGACAUUGGAUCAAGCCAUUUCACCAAUGGCAUCAAAUAUAAUUAACUCACCAAGAACUCAAGAUACUAGACAUCGCUCAGUGGGAACACUGCUGGAUCCAGAAAAUAAAGGAUUUAAAGACCACUCCAGCAGGCUUAGUCUAAAACAUCAUCAGUACAAUACACAAUGUGUGCGAUAUGUUAGAUGUGUCUUAUUUGCGGUGAGACAGUAAAUCAAAGUUAUGUCUUUCUUCUUAAGUGGAUGGAAUAGAUACCACAGCGCAUUUCAAACCAGUCAUUCUAUAAAUGCAAAUUCCAUCUUUAUUUACGUUCGAGCCAGCUUCAUCAAUGGCAUGGUGCUGAGUUCUGGGAGGGUUUGUGAUUGAAGUAAAUAAUUUUUAACCAAAUAUUUUUGCUAUUUUAAUGGAAAUUGUUUCUUUUUAUUUCUAACUGGCCUAAAGCCAGGUUGCUAAUGGUUCUUUAUAAUCUCUAUUGUUUGCACAGCUAUUAUACUUAUCAGAUUCUCUUUUGGCUUCAUUUACGUAAAUCAAUUAUAAUGUGUUGUGCCGGUAAUCCUAACAAUAAAGUAUUUUGCAAAUACUG